AUGAAUCAAGUUAAGCAACAAAAGACAGCAGGCUUAAGAAACCAACUGAAGGACAUGGCGAUUAUCAUCCCGGGGGCAUUCUUUGCGUUUGUUACUUACUCGAUUUAUGAGGGUAACGAGAUUUACAGGGAGGUCGUAAUGUCAGUAACCCGCAAAUGUUUUGAGGCAGAAACAGCACAUCGCCUUGGGAUUGUAGCCGCAAAGUACAAUCUUGUUCCAAGACAGAAAAUUCCCGACUCACCAAUUCUAUCUACGUCAGUGUUUGGGAGGGUGUUUAAAAAUCCAGUAGGUCUAGCUGCUGGUUUUGAUAAGGAUGCAGAAGGGGUGAACGGCCUGAGUAAACUUGACUUCGGCUUCGUAGAAAUAGGGAGCGUAACACCUAAACCACAGCCGGGAAACCCCCGACCACGAGUGUUCCGACUCACAGAGGACAAAGCCGUCAUCAACAGGUAUGGCUUCAACAACCAAGGCCACGAGGAAGUUUUAUACAGACUAAAGCACAGAGUGACGGAUAAAAAGGAUGAAUGUCUGUUAGGAGUAAAUCUGGGGAAAAACAAGACUUCUAGUGAUCCUAUUGGCGACUACACAGAGGGUGUUCAGAAAUUCAGCAGAGUAGCAGAUUAUCUAGUUGUCAAUAUUUCUAGCCCAAACACACCAGGCCUCCGAGACUUACAAGGGAAACAAAGGCUACAGGAACUACUAAACAAGGUGAUUGAGAAGAGAGACGAGAUGGAAGCCGGGACACCUCUGUUAGUCAAAAUUGCCCCAGAUCUGACGGAACAGUACAAAGCUGACAUAGCAUCUGUCGUCACCUCAAAGAAGGUAUAUGUGGACGGGUUGAUAGUUUCAAACACAACGGUACAAAGGCCGACCCAUUUGAAGAAUCAGCAUAGAAUUGAGGAGGGAGGAUUGAGUGGACAGCCGUUAAAAGACAUGUCCACCAAGACAAUAGCAGACAUGUACAGACUAACAAAAGGUACAGUUCCCAUUAUUGGAGUGGGAGGGGUAGAUUCGGGGGAGGAGGCCUACAGGAAAAUCCGCGCAGGUGCGAGUCUUGUGCAGAUUUACUCAGCUUUAGUUUACGAAGGUCCACCAGUGGUGAAGAAAAUCAAGCGGGAAUUACUAGAAUUACUACAACGAGAUGGUUUCAGCAAUAUUUCAGAAGCAGUGGGAGUUGAUGUGAAGAUAUGAGGAAUCAAGCUGAGUCUCUCCCUCUUCCAGGGGAGGGGGCAUUAUGAUACUGUUUUCGUCAAAGACGGGACGUGUUAUGGUAAAG